CUAUAAAACAAUGUGUUUUGGCCCAAAAAAGGACAGCAAUGUGUUUUUGAGUGUUUUUCUUAACGUAGGAAAGUCUCUCUCUUUCUUUAUGCAUACCCCACGAAUCAAAAAUAAAAAAAACACUGCCCCACUGUGUUUCGAAGUCAAUUUCAAAACUCGGAAGUAUAUAUACGAAUCAGAGCUGAUCAAAAUGCCGAAAUUACAAUAACCCAAGAAGAUCUCGUGGAUUCCAGGAAGGAGACGACAAUGGAAGUCAUCAUUCAGCUGCAGAACCAAUUUGUAGGGUUCAUGAAUUCUCUCUAUAGUGAGGGCUUUUUGGAUGACCAGUUCCUGCAGCUCCAGAAAUUGCAAGAUGAGACCAACCCAGACUUUGUGGUCGAAGUCGUCUCCCUUUUCUUUAAAGAUUCUGAGAUACUCCUGCAGAAAAUGGCCAAUUGCUUCCAACAACAGUUUGUAGAUUUUGAGCAGGUUGAUGCCCAUGUCCACCAGCUCAAAGGUAGCAGUUCCAGCAUCGGUGCACAAAGAGUAAAGAAUGCGUGCAUUUCCUUUGCAAAGCAAUGCGAGAAGAGCCCCGAUCGAUACAUGAGGUGUCUUUUACAAUUGAAUCGCGAAUACAUCGAUGUGAGGAACAAGCUUCAAGCCUUGAUAACUCUUGAGAGGCAAAUCUUGGCAGCGGGAGGCACUGUUCCGGUGUUGUCAUGCACGCGUUGACUCGGACAGGAGUUUCUAUUUUGUUUCGUGACUUGAGUUUCUAUAAGCCACGAAACGUUAGUAUUUUUUUUUUCUUUUUUGUGUGAUAGAUUGUGGAAAUGGGAGUGGAAGUAAAUAGAAGAGAAUAUAAAUCAUCAAAUAUUAUGUCUUGUAAUAUAUGAUGUUUUGUUCCCUCAAGUUUGGAUCUCUCUUUAAGCUGAUUUACUUCUACUCCCAUUUCUGUUUGUGGCCAUAUUAAGAGCACUGUGAUGGACUCGUUUGAUUCCCAUAUUUACAUUUAUCACAACGUAAUCUUCUUCGUGAUUCUAUUUUGUGACCAUAUUUUAUGAUGUUAAAUCAUGCUUCUAAUGCAAACAUGACAUUAUAUGUUGCCAAAUCAAAUUGUUUCUUGGCA